GUCAGAGAGAGAAGUGAUUGUGUGACUGAAGCAGCGUCACACUCUUCUGGAAACUGGACUUUAGUGAAAUGAUGCUGGUCUUUGGACUGAUGCUGCUGCUGCUGCAAACAUCUGCAUGUCUGGAUCGGUUCUGCAGGUUUAAUCAGUCUGAUAUCUGUUACGCAGCUCUGGGACACAAACUCAAUCUGCUGAACCCUCGUAAUACAGACAACAGGAUACAAAAGAGAAUAAACAACAACAAUACAACUGAUCCAGUUUGUAGAAUAAAGAAUGGCAAGAUGAGAGAGACUGAAUGUGAUCUUUAUAGUAACAGACCUGAAGUUACAGUCAUUAAUGGGACUCUGAUAAUAAACCGUGUGAUCAGAGCUGAUUCAGGGAAUUACACAGUAACACUCUUUCAUUGCUCAGGCUGCUUAGAAACAUCUACAGAUCUUCAAGUGAAUGUUGAAGCUCCUAUUGGCUCAGUGGAAGUGUCAAUCAUCUGCUCCUCCAGUGGGACGAUGAGGGUGUCCUGCUCCUCUGAGGGCGAUCAGAUCCUCUACAGCUGGACUCUGAAUGGAGAUCCACUGAUGGAUGGAAACUCCAGCAUUGAUCUGGAUGAGGGAACUGAUGGAAACAUCAGCUGCAGUGUGAAGAACCACGUCAGUCACGGACAGGAGACCGUUACUGCCAAACCCUGUCCUGGUCUGGAUCGGUUCUGCAGGUUUAAUCAGUCUGAUAUCUGUUACGCAGCUCUGGGACACAAACUCAAUCUGCUGAACCCUGGUAAUACAGACAUCAGGAUACAAAAGAGAAUAAACAACAACAAAACAACUGAUCCAGUUUGUAGAGUAAAGAAUGGCAAGAUGAGAGAGACUGAAUGUGAUCUUUAUAGUAACAGACCUGAAGUUACAGUCAUUAAUGGGACUCUGAUAAUAAACCGUGUGAUCAGAGCUGAUUCAGGGAAUUACACAGUAACACUCUUUCGUUGCUUUCGCUGCUCAGAAACAUCUACAGAUCUUCAAGUGAAUGUUGAAGCUCCUAUUGGCUCAGUGGAAGUGUCAAUCAUCUGCUCCUCCAGUGGGACGAUGAGGGUGUCCUGCUCCUCUGAGGACGAUCAGAUCCUCUACAGCUGGACUCUGAAUGGAGAUCCACUGAUGGAUGGAAACUCCAGCAUUGAUCUGGAUGAGGGAACUGAUGGAAACAUCAGCUGCAGUGUGAAGAACCACGUCAGUCACGGACAGGAGACCGUUACUGCCAAACCCUGUCCUGGUCUGGAUCGGUUCUGCAGGUUUAAUCAGUCUGAUAUCUGUUACGCAGCUCUGGGACACAAACUCAAUCUGCUGAACCCUCGUAAUACAGACAACAGGAUACAAAAGAGAAUAAACAACAACAAAACAACUGAUCCAGUUUGUAGAAUAAAGAAUGGCAAGAUGAGAGAGACUGAAUGUGAUCUUUAUAGUAACAGACCUGAAGUUACAGUCAUUAAUGGGACUCUGAUAAUAAACCGUGUGAUCAGAGCUGAUUCAGGGAAUUACACAGUAACACUCUUUCAUUGCUCAGGCUGCUCAGAAACAUCUACAGAUCUUCAAGUGAAUGUUGAAGCUCCUAUUGGCUCAGUGGAAGUGUCAAUCAUCUGCUCCUCCAGUGGGAUGAUGAGGGGGUCCUGCUCCUCUGAGGGCGAUCAGAUCCUCUACAGCUGGACUCUGAAUGGAGAUCCACUGAUGGAUGGAAACUCCAGCAUUGAUCUGGAUGAGGGAACUGAUGGAAACAUCAGCUGCAGUGUGAAGAACCACGUCAGUCACGGACAGGAGACCGUUACUGCCAAACCCUGUCCUGGACCAACUACUGCAUCUGUGACCUCAACAGUGACAAAGGAUUCAGAAAAUGAAAAAACAGGUCAAGUCGACACCAGCUGCUGCUGGCAAUGAGGACGUCAUAUACGCUGAUAUCUCUCAUAAGAAAAAGAGUGAAACGAAGAAAACAGAAUCACUCCCGGCUGCUGGUGUGGAAUACGUUGAGAUCCAACCGCAGAAGAGGAGGAAGGAGAGGAAAGAGAAGGAGGAAGAGGUUCAGUAUGGCGAGGUGAUAUUCAAUCUAAACCGUUCAAGCGCUCGCACACGGCCUCAGGAGGAGUGUAUUUAUUCUCAGCUGGCAGAUGUGAUGACAUGAAAGUGAGAAAAGGCUUAAAUGAAAGUCAGCUUUUAAUCAUGAAUAACGAGGAGGUGAUCGAUGUGCUCUAAAGUCAUGAAAACACAGCAAUCAGGUGAUUUUAAAUUAUUAAAACAUUUCAAAGCAAUUGAAAUUUGGAAAAUCUAAGCUUUGCUAGAAAUGGCCUGAAAAAGGUCUGAUGAUAUCUAGAGGUUCACUCACACUGACGAGUUAAACUGCUUUAAAGUUCUGUAAAGUCCUUACUAGUCCUGCUAGUAAACGGUGUUGAUCCUACCAGCUAAACUAGUUCAGUGUUCAGUUUCCAGAUAAAAAUGUAUAGCUUGAAUUCACAGUAAAAUCAUCUAAAAGUUUGCCAAAGGCAUAAAUAUAAAUGCACUUAAUUUUUGUUGCAUCUUUGUUGCUUUCAUUAAAAAUUACAUUUAAUUUAGCUAAUUAUCGCCAGCUCUAUAUAUAUAUUGUUUGAUACAGAAGUAUUUUCAACUUUAUUUGCA